AUGAAGGCCGUCGCUUUCCUCCUCCCCGCUCUCGCUGCCGCCAGCCCCGUUGCUCAGGUCGUCGGAAACGACGGCUGGGCCAACGCCCCCGACCCGAAGCAGAUCCAGAUCGACAAGGCCAGCUUCUCUGGUAACGGCUGCCCCCAGGGCUCCGUUUCCACCUCCAUCUCUCCCGAUAAGACUGUUGUCACCUUCGGCUUCGACCGCUUCCAGACCUACAUCGGCCCCGGCUAUGACCCCACUGCUAAGACCAAGAACUGCCAGCUCCAUCUCUCCCUAAAGUACCCCAGCGGCUUCCAGUUCGCCGUGGUCGAGUCCACCUACCACGGCUACGCUCAGCUCGAGAAGGGCGUCACCGGCACCUUUUACAGCACCUACUACUUCAGCCAGGACGCCAGCGCCACCACCACCACCCAGACCUCCAUCACAGGCGGCGGCAUCUGGGAGUCUGGCCAGGUCUACACCAAGGCCGACCGCAUCCCCACCGCCAGUUACAUCUACUCGCCCUGCGGCGCCAACGGCAUCCUCAACGUCAACAACCGCAUCGCCCUCACCAGCAGCAACCGCACUGCCAUCGGCGAGAUCACCAACGACGACGCCACUGUUGCCUUCACCCAGCAGGUCAACAUCGCCUGGCGCACCUGCAAAUAG